UCCAAGUUCCCCUAUCAUGGUAGCCCUGUAUUCCCCCCACCACAUUUUCCCCAUGGGGUGGCAGCCGGAAGACAUCACGGCCCAUGAUCUCCACUACGAGGACCCCUUCGCGUGCUACCCCUACAUGGAGGAGCUGGAGAUCGGCCAUGACGACCUCCUCCGACACUGCUCCGUCCUCGCCGCCAAGGACGACUCCUCGAGCUCCACCAAGAAGCUGUGCCACAACGCCUACGAGCGCGACCGCCGGAAGAAGCUCAACGACUUGUACUCCUCCCUUCGUGAUCUCCUUCCCGAGUCGGACCAAGCUAGGAAGAAGAAGAAGAAGCUGAGCAUCCCAUUGAUCGUUUGCCGGGUCUUGAAGUACGUACCGGAGCUGCAAAGGCAAGUCGAGAGGCUGUCGCGGAGGAAGGAAGAGAUCCUGCUCGCGUUGUCGAGGCCAGAAGAACAAAGCCAGUGUGUCCGAAGUGCGGUGCAGUAUCCCAUGGUUUCAGCAACCUGUUUGAGUAAGAGAGAAGUCAUGGUGCAAUUAUGUGUGGUAAACAAAGAUGCCACCUUCUCCUUCUCAAAGAUCCUCAAAGUUUUAGAGAGAGAGGGACUUCAUCUUAUGAAUUCAUCAAAUUACACCACCUGUGACGGCAGAUGUGUCUGCAGCCUCCACCUUCAGGCAAGAGAAGACUUUAGAUCGGAAUGCAGAAUCUUCUGUGAGCAUCUCAUGGAAGAAGUCAAAGAGCAAGCAAGACAUGGCUCCAAUCUUCCUCGUAGCUUGUGGAUGUAAUAGUUCUUCUUCGUACAAGAUAUUAUCAUAUGAAAAUGUUUGUGUACCACAUCUAAUCAUGCUAAAAUCAGUUCUCUACUA